AUGGUGGUUUGGGCCAUCCUGCUGUCGCUAUGGCUUACCCUGGCGCACGGGAUGCGGGAUCAUCAAAUUAAGGAACUCCGGCAAGAAACUGAGCGCAUGUUUUACCAUGGCUUCCAGAAUUACCUUGACCACGCCUUUCCCGAAGACGAAUUGCGCCCGCUUACUUGCGCCCCCUUGACACGCGACAACAAGCAUAAUGAACACAAUGAUGUCUUGGGGAAUUAUUCCUUGACCCUGAUUGACAGCUUGUCCACUCUAGCCAUCUUGUCUUCGAGUCCUGAGAGUGGUGCGAGGUCUUUUGCACGGUUUCAAGACGGUGUCAAGGAUUUUGUGAGAUUGUAUGGAGAUGGCUCGCCCGGCCCUGGUGGUCAGGGUGAAAGGGCGAGAGGAUUCGACAUUGAUAGCAAGGUGCAGGUGUUUGAGACCGUUAUUAGAGGACUCGGCGGGCUGCUGAGCGCACACCUGUUCGCCAUUGGCGAACUGCCCAUUACUGGAUACAAACCCUCAGAGCGAGAUGCCGCCUUUGCAGGCGCAUGGGACAAAAGCACAUAUACAUCAAGAGACCGUGGUAUUGAGUGGGGGAAUGGAUUUGUCUACAAUGGUCAACUCCUUCGCUUGGCUGUUGAUCUGGGAGACCGUCUCAUGCCAACAUUCUAUACAGAGACUGGUUUACCCUACCCCAGAGUCAACUUGCGACACGGUAUACCUUUCUACGAGAACUCUCCUUUGAAUACAAAGACCAGAAAAUCGAAGGACACCAAGCAAAAAUCGAAGUACUCUUCCUUGGCUACUGACGAAGAAGUCACCGAGACUUGCAGUGCCGGCGCUGGUAGCUUAGUCUUGGAGUUUACCGUUCUGAGUAGACUCACCGGAAAUGGUCGGUACGAGGAAUUGGCCAAGAGAGCGUUUUGGGCCGUCUGGAGCCACCGAAGUGAAAUUGGCCUGAUAGGAUUCGGCAUUGAUGCGGAGACUGGGAAAUGGGUGGGAUCGUACUCUGGGAUUGGCGCUGGAAUUGAUAGCUUCUAUGAAUAUGCCUUCAAAUCUCAUGUCCUCCUUUCCGAGGGAGAGAGACCUCCUUUCGAUUCUGAGAGCCCCUGGAGCAUGCUAGAUGAGUACUAUCUGCCCUUGACCGAUGACCAGCACUCCCCGGACUCCUUCCUUCGAGUCUGGGAAGACUCGCAUACGUCCAUCAACCGCCAUCUGUACCGAGGCGAGGGAUAUCAACAUCCCCAUCUCGUCGUUGGUGAUGUGAUUACUGGUGCCACGCGCGCAUUCUGGAUUGACAGUCUGAGUGCGUACUAUCCUGGUCUGCUCGCUCUGGAUGGUAAGUUGGAUGAAGCUAUCCAGAUUCAUCUUUUGACUACUGCAAUUUGGGCACGCUUCUCUGCUCUUCCUGAGCGAUGGAAUGUCGCUACGGGUGAUAUUGAUGGUGGCCUGUCUUGGUAUGGUGGUCGGCCCGAGUUCAUUGAAUCGACCUAUUAUAUCUACCGUGCCACCGAGGAUCCUUGGUAUUUGCAUGUUGGCGAGAUGGUGCUUCGCGACCUGAAGCGACGCUGCUGGACUAAAAUCGAUGCUCCGUGGGUUUUCUCCACCGAAGGCCACCCUUUGAUUAUACCGAAGAAGACCGCCACUCAGCCACGCCGGAAGCAACCAUCGCCGCCUCAAAGUAACUUUGAAGGCGUUUGCCAAGCGAUUCAAGGUACAGAAUUUGGCGUAUCAUCAACUGCAUCACGCUCAGAUAUCUUCCACGCCGCCAGCUUGGCCCGUUUACAUCUCCGGCCCGGUCGUGGAUAUGGCGGUCCUAUCAUGGAGGACUCACCCGAUCACCCCAGUGUGUCGGUGGCUGAUCUGUCAUCGCCGACCAACUACACAUUCUACCCAUGGACUUUGCCGCCUCAGCUCAUUCCAUUCAAUGCCACCAGCGCGCCGAUGACUAUUCGCCCAACCCUCGACAUCUCAUUCCCAUCUCUCCCCGGUGGAGUCAAUCUGGGUCCCGGAGCAUUGGAACGAGUUCGCGAUGGUAUCUUUAUCAAGACAAUAGGAGGUCUGCGGUUGAGUAUGAUUCAAGACGUUCCACUUGCAGGCUCUAUGGGAGCAGAGGAGGACGGAUUUCGGGUGCAAGUCGUCAACAACGUGCCUUUGGGAAAAGAUGAGAAGGUAUACCUCUCGCGUCAGAUCACCUUUGAUGUUGUCGAUCCCUAUGAUCCCAAUUUUACACGAAUUCGCGACACAGCCAUGCUUGAUCUCGUCGUUGACGUUCUCGCAGAGCCCGCUCGCCGACACAAUGGCUCAGCUGCUCCUGGAGCUGAACAGCCUGCAGCAGAGAGUUCAGACCAUUCGGAAGAUUCAGAGCUUCACCUCGGCCGCCGCAGACCUGCUCCAUCCGUCGACGAGAGCUCCAUCGUCGACCCACCCGACUCCACUAUGAGAAGUAUGUUGUCGAACUUGGUCAACUCGUUCUCAUCUUUGCUCCGGGACGACCCUGACGAGAAUGCUCCCGUUCGGCUGAGUCUCCCUGCUGUUCUUCCCACGGGCGUUGGAGCGGCCCCAAUCCCCAACGUGGACGACUCGCUCACCCUGUCAAUGUUCACCAAUCCAACUACCAGCCGUCUCACAUGGUCAUCGAUCUACUUUGCUGGCGAUCUUUGUCACGAGCGUAUUCUCCGUGAUGUCGCCCAGAACCACGAAGUCCUCGUCAUCAAACGUGGUGGCUGUACAUUUUCUCAGAAACUGCGCAACAUCGCCGCCUACCGGUCCUCGCGCUCGUCACUCAAAUUGGUAGUCGUCGUCUCAUACGAUGAUGAGAUGCCCACUCCCGAAACAGCAGAGACUCCAGAUGAAGACCCCGAGACUCAAUCGAGUGACAGUCCACCGCCGACUUCUUCACUUGCCGCCCUUCGUGCCGAACCCUAUCUGAUUCGGCCGCACCUCGACGAGGCCCAAAUGACUGCUAGUGGGAUCCCGCGCAGUAACCCUGUCAGUCUGCUGAUGGUUGGUGGCGGCGAUGAAACAUAUUCCCUUCUGCAAGUCGCGACUGGCAUUGGCAUCAAGAGGCGGUAUUCCAUGCGUUCUCAAGGUGUCCCCAUCACGAACCUGUACAUCAUCUAA